UAUAUACAUGGUCCCUUUCCAGCCUGAGUCCACAUGGGGGAAAGUGUUUUAUAGCUCUCUCCCUCAUAUUUCCCUAAUUUCCGGCCUCCUCAGGGACUCAGGGACACACACCAUGGCGCCUAAGAAGGGAAAGAAGGCAAAGGGCAAGGAAGAGAAGGAUUUCGAGGAGGAAGAAAGGAGGGAGAGCGAGGAGGAGGAGGAGGAAGAGGCGGCAACAGCUGGUGGGAGGAAAAAGAACAAGAAGAAAGGUAAAGGCAAGGGUGACGUAAGCGAUGACGACGACGAAGGAACAGCCAAGGGAGGCGGAGAGGACGACAAGAAGAAGGGGAAGAAGAAGAAGGGAGGGAAGGGAAAACACGAUAUCAGCGAUGAUGAGGAGGAGAUGAUGAACAAGAAGAACAAGAAGAAGGGGAAAAAUGAUGCUGAUUCUGAUGAUGAAGGGAAGAAGGGACAGGCACAGAAGAAAGGAGGAAAGAAAGGAAAGAAGAAGGGGAAAGGAAAGGAUGACUGGAGCGAUGAUGAUGAUGAUGAAGUAGAGGAGGCACCUAAGGGAGGAAAGAAGGGGAAGAAGAAGGGAAGAGGAAAGGAUGAUUGGAGUGACGACGAGGAAGAUAAAGAAGAGCCAGAGGAAACAACAAAAACUCCCGCCCAGCCCAAGUCAGCGAAGAAGAAGAAGGAGAAGAAGAAGAAGGGGAAAGAUGAUGAUUGGGAAGACAGUGGAAUGGAGAAUAGAUUGAUGGAGAAGAUGCUGGGAAUGGAAAUAAAUGAGGGCUCCGAUGAAGAUGAAUUUUUGGCAAUGCAGGCAAGAAAUUUAAAAGCCAAACAAAACAAGAAGAAAAAGGAGAAGAAAGUGAUGAAGAUGGAGGAAGAAGAAGAAGAGGAGGAGGAGGAGGAGGAAGAUGAAGAGGAGGAGGAGGAGGACGAGAUACAGAAACUGGAGAAAGAGGUGGAGGUGAUGAAGAUAAACGACGAUAUGAAAAAGAACAAGAAAGAGACUAAAGAAGAUGUAAAGAAGAAGGAGGAGAAGACAAAGACUGAUAAACAAGAGAAAGAGACUAAAGAAGAUGUAAAGAAGAAGGAGGAGAAGACAAAGACUGAUAAACAAGAGAAAGCGAAAAUUGAAGAAGUGAAAGAGGAAAAAACGGAUGAAUCAGAGAAGAAAGUAAUGAAGAAGGAAGAGAAGAAGGAGGAGGAGGAGAAGGUGAAGAAGAAGGAGAAGACACCAGAACCAGAACCAGCUGUGAAAGAGGAGAAGGGUGCAGGGUCAGGCACGGAAGAGGAAGAAGAGGAGGAGGAGGAAACAGAGGAGAUGAAACUGAAGAGGAAGAAACAAGAAGAGAAGGAGGCUCUGAAGAAACUGACCCACAAGGAGAGGAAGAAGGUGAAGCAGCAGAUGGAGUACGAGCGACAGAUGGAGGCAAUGCUGAAGAAGGGCGGCCAUGGCUCCUCUGCCCUGGAUGACACAUUUUCCCUCUCUCAGGCACAGAAGUCCGACAAACAGCAGCAGCAACUUGAGAAUGCCGUCGAUAUUAAGAUUGAGAACUUCAGCAUCUCAGCAAAGGGCAAGGCUCUCUUCACCAAUGCCUCCCUCAUGAUUGCCAAUACCAGGAGAUAUGGCUUAGUGGGACCCAAUGGGCAUGGCAAGACCACACUGCUGCGCCACAUUCAGUCCAGAGCUCUCAACAUUCCACCCAACAUUGAUGUCCUGUACUGUGAGCAGGAAGUGGUAGCGGAUGACACCCCGGCCAUUGAUGUGGUGCUGCAAGCGGACAAGAAGCGUCUGGACCUGCUGAAGGAGAGGGACCAGCUGGAGGCAGACAUGAAGAAGAAGAACAAGGAGGUGGACAUGGACAGACUGCAGGAGGUGUAUGAAGAACUGAAGGCCAUCGGAGCAGACAAAGCUGAACCCAAGGCCAGGAGGAUCCUAGCAGGUCUGGGCUUUACGCUGGAGAUGCAAGGACGUGCCACCAAGAACUUCUCAGGCGGGUGGCGGAUGAGAGUGUCUCUUGCCCGAGCACUCUUCAUGGAACCCACCCUGCUCAUGCUGGACGAACCCACCAAUCACCUCGACCUCAAUGCUGUCAUCUGGCUGGACAACUACCUGCAGGGAUGGAAGAAGACUCUGCUGGUGGUAUCCCACGACCAAUCUUUCCUUGAUAACGUGUGUACGGACAUCAUUCACCUGGACCAACAGAAACUCUUCUACUACAAGGGAAAUUACUCCAUGUUUAAGAAGAUGUUGGUGCAAAAGAGGAAGGAGCAGAUCAAGGCGUAUGAGAAACAGGAGAAGAGGAUCAAGGAGAUGAAGGCGUCAGGAGCCAGCAAGAAACAAGCUGAGAAAAAGACCAAGGAUGCUCUCACACGCAAGCAGGAGAAGAACCGCGCCAAGAACAAGAAGGACGAGGAAGACAGUGGCCCCACAGAACUCCUGGAGCGGCCGCAGGAUUACGUGGUCAAGUUUUCCUUCCCCGAACCGCCACCGCUGCAGCCGCCCAUCCUUGGCCUCUACUCUGUCUCUUUCAACUAUGACGGCCACAAGCCGCUCUUCAGAAAUGUGGAUUUCGGUAUCGACAUGGAGUCCAGAAUUGCCAUUGUUGGGCCAAAUGGUGUCGGUAAGUCCACCUUCCUCAAGCUCCUGCUGGGGGAACUCGCGCCGACUGUCGGGGAGCAGCGCAAGAACCACCGGCUCAAGAUUGGCCGCUACGAUCAGCACUCUGGCGAGCAUCUCACUGCAGAGGAGUCCCCAUCAGAGUACCUCAUGCGUCUCUUCAACCUGCCGUACGAGAAGGCACGCAAGGCUUUGGGCACAUUUGGUCUGGCUUCCCACGCACACACCAUCAAGAACAAGGAUCUCUCAGGUGGACAGAAGGCUCGUGUGGCCCUGGCUGAGCUGUGCCUCUCCUCGCCAGACGUGCUAGUGUUGGACGAGCCGACCAACAACCUGGACAUUGAGAGCAUCGACGCCCUGGCGGAGGCGAUAUCGGAGUACAAGGGCGGUGUGGUGAUUGUUUCCCACGACGAGCGGCUCAUCAGGGACACGGACUGCAGUCUGUGGGUCAUCGAGGAUCAGACCAUCAACGAGAUAGACGGCGACUUUGACGACUACCGCAAGGAACUCCUGGACGAGCUGGGUGAAGUCAUCAACAGUCCCAGUAUAGCAGCCCACAAUGCUGCCGAACUCUAGCCCACUACUCUUGCUACUAUUAUCUCUACUACUACUACUACUACUACUACUACUACUACUACUACUACUACUAGUGUUACUAUUUUCGAGCUUCCAGAGGAUAUAUGGCUCAAUUUCCACUGUUUUUAUUACUACUACUACUACUACUACUACUACUACUACUACUACUACUACUACUGAUGCUUCUUCCUAGGUCAUUGCAGAUCAAGGUCAGGUCAUCAAGCUUUUUUAGGUCACUAGGUCAAUUGUUAAUAUUCUGGCUUAAAAGAUAUUUGGAAUUCAUUUAUAUUUUUGCUUCGGUCACCUAUACCCUGCUCAGAGAGAGAGAGAGAAAGUGUGUGUGUGUGUGUGUGUGUGUGUGUGUGUGUGUGUGUGUGUGUGUGUGUGUGUGUGUGUGUGUGUGUGUGUGUUUAGUGAUGAUGGUUGGCGGUGGUGACUCUCUCAAACGCUUCAACACAAUCAUGAUUUAUUAUUAUUAUUAUUAUUAUUAUUAUUAUUAUUAUUAUUAUUAUUAUUAUUAUUACACUCAUUAUCAUAACUGGGAGUGGUGAUAGUGAGGAAGGACAAUGAUGAAAAAGUGAUGAAUAGAAAAAUGGAGACUAUUGUUUAUUUCCAAGACUUUAUGUGCGUUCGUGUGUGUGUUCUUGAUUAUGGCUGGCUGGUCUAGUUGGCCUGGCUGGCUGGCUGGCUGGCUGGAUAAUAAGAUGCCUCAUAAGGUGGUUAAAAGAAGAUUGCAAGGAAGAACGAAUAUUUUAAUGUAAUCGUAAUAAAGCUAUAUGAUUA